CACACACACACACACACACACACACACACACACACACACACACACACACACACACACACACGCACGCACGCACGCACACACACCACACACACACACACACACACACACACACACACACACACACACACACACACACACACACACACACAUUCACACACACACAAAAACGCACACACAGCAUCAGGUUUCACACCUCUAUACCUGUGGCUUCCCUAGUAUCUAACGCGUUAUCUGUCCUAUGGUGGUGGUUGUACCUGUCGCUGGUCAGGGAUGUCCUGCCACAGAGUUCACCUGCGGAAGCCCCCCUGCAGCCCCCCCGGACCCUCCUCAUUAUCCUCCUUCUUCGUCCACACUCACGGUCAGCUAAAGUUGUCUGUUAUCCCAGAAGAUGGACUGCUUAAUGUAUGUGUGCUUGAGGCCAGAGACGUAGCAGGUGCGAGCGAUUUGCCUUGUGAUUCUUACGUAAAGGUGGGCCUGGUUCCUGACAGUGGCCCUGGGAACAGACUGAAGACCAACAUGGUCCACUCCUGUAAAAACCCCAUCUUCCUACAAACCUUCUCCUUUGUUGUCAGUGACAAUGAGCUUCAAAAGAGACUGCUCGUGACCAUGUGGGACUCAGACCUCCAUACAAGAACCAGUCAACUGCUCGGUUGUAUGAGCUUUGGGGUGCGUUCCAUCAUGGCCCAAGACAAGGAGGUGAAGGGCUGGUACUUCCUCCUGAGUGAGGGGCUGGGAAGGAGCAAACACCUGGAGGUCCCACCACACCACCACCGGUACCACCACAAAGUCUCCUGUACUGGUGAGUAUCACCCACAAGGAUGCUACUCGGUGCCAUCCAUGAGGGCAGCCUAG